ACCUUGCACUAUAUUAUCCCGGAAGGUGGGGUUCGGCUGCAGCAGUCACUGGGUUGGGUUUUAGUGGUGGAGCUGGUUUGGUCUAUGCCGCCUUCAAGUACAUUACUGCUUGCAUCAAGAUAGCGUCCACAAAGAAGAGACUCGCCUAUUAAAACUCGGUAUUGUACGUUUAUUAGCGACCGAUUGCUUGUGUGUCAAACGGUCUGGCAAUGGCAGCAAGCAAGAGUAAGAACCAGAGCUCCCUGGCCCUGCACAAAGUGAUCAUGGUGGGCAGUGGCGGUGUGGGCAAGUCCGCCCUCACGCUGCAGUUCAUGUACGACGAGUUUGUGGAAGACUAUGAGCCCACAAAGGCAGACAGCUACAGAAAGAAGGUGGUGUUGGACGGAGAGGAGGUGCAGAUAGACAUCCUGGACACUGCUGGACAGGAGGACUAUGCAGCUAUCCGGGAUAACUACUUCCGCAGCGGAGAGGGCUUCCUCCUGGUGUUCUCCAUAACAGAGCACGAGUCCUUCUCCGCCACGGCCGAAUUCAGGGAACAGAUUUUGCGGGUGAAGGCAGAGGAAGAUAAAAUCCCAUUGCUUGUGGUCGGGAACAAGUCAGAUUUGGAAGAGCGGAGGCAGGUGAUGGUGGACGAAGCCAGGAGCAAAGCAGAGGAGUGGGGGGUUCAAUAUGUAGAGACAUCCGCCAAGACAAGAGCCAACGUAGACAAGGUCUUCUUUGACCUCAUGAGGGAAGUCAGAGCCAAGAAGAUGUCAGAAAACAAGGACAGAAACGGAAAGGGCAGCAAGAACAAGAAGAAGAGGAGCUUCAAAGAGCGCUGCUGCUUGCUUUGAUCCGACCGAGGAACUUUCACAGGAGCACUACGAGUCGCCACUAAAAACGAAACUGUUCAAAAUCAGAACUCAUUUCUAAUGUCAGGAAAGAAAAAAGAAAUCAGUGUUUUGGAAGUACUGGUUAUCAGUUGGGUUCCUAGUUGCACAGAAUCUCACUUUUUGAACGUGUGUGUUUUUUGUAAUCGUCUAAAUUCCCUCAGACACAACGACGGUAGUGAUUUACUGUAUGUCUGCAUUGUAAAGCAAGAGCCAAGGAUUUCACGUCAUGGGUGCAUAUUCUUCGACAUGCUAUUUAGCUGCCCAGCCUUUCCCACUCUGAGCAGUGCCCUCCUCAACUCUUUCUUUCUUUGCUGUUCUCAGAAAGAUUCUUAUGAAUCCAGUCAGUUUGCAGUGCAUCGUAUUGUCCAGAGUGAAACACAGUGUCACAGAUGUGUAGGAAUACAGUUCUAAUUACUGUCUUCAUAUUAAAACCCAGUAUCCUUUGCAUAUUGUAUUUGUAAACUCUGGACCAUAAUGGCUAGUUCACAGCUAAAGUCUGCUACCAGGUUUUCCUUAUAAACUAUGAAAUACCACAGCAAUGCCAAUCUUUACAAGAUUUUUUGCAGUAGCACAUCGGCAGUUGAAAGCAGUAUUUUUUUGGGGAAGUGAAUUAUGUUGCCAACAAGGACCCACAUGUCAGAGAAGACCGUAUUUUGUUUUUGAUAUGGAGUAUUUGGAAAACAUUGCCAAACUCAUUCUUCCCUUUUGAGAGUGUUGUGAAAAAGCAGUGCUUUAAAGAUUCUUCAACACAUCUGGGUUUAACCAUGUCUGGGUUCAUUACAGUUCGGCGGAGCUGCUCGAAUCCGUGCCCGGGUUUAUGACAGUUCUAAAGAGCUGCUAGAAUCCGUGCCCAGGUUCAUGACAGUUCUGAAGAGCUGCUAGAAUCCGUGCCCGGGUUUAUGACAGUUCUGAAGAGCUGCUAGAAUCCGUGCCCGGCUUCAUGACAGUUCUGAAGAGCUGCUAGAAUCCGUGCCCAGCUUCAUGACAGUUCUGAAGAGCUGCUAGAAUCCGUGCCCAGCUUCAUGACAGUUCUGAAGAGCUGCUAGAAUCCGUGCCCGGGUUCAUGACAGUUCUGAAGAGCUGCUAGAAUCCGUGCCCGGCUUCAUGACAGUUCUGAAGAGCUGCUAGAAUCCGUGCCCGGCUUCAUGACAGUUCUGAAGAGCUGCUAGAAUGUGCAGUAGUUAUUUUGACCAGGCCAGAAAAACAUGAUAUAGUAAUAAGAAUAAUAAUAAUGUAGUGGUUUGUGAAGCAAGUAUUUGUCCUGAAUGAUGUGUUCACUUACAAAGGACAGCGUUGUUGCUUACUACAAAUUACUGCAUGAUAAACAAUGCCUUGGGCCAAUGUUUCUGAUCUUCUUUCUACGUCUGCAGUAUCGUACUGAAUACAGUAGUAUUAAUAACGAGUUCUUUUAUAACAUCAUCACUAUUAGCAUUAAACAAAGGCAAUACAGUGGGGUGCUUUGAUAAGCUGAUAAUCUUCAGUACAAAACUUGAACUUUGUCCAGUAAAGUUUAAAAACUCCAUUAAGUUUAUAGCAUUUCGGUUUGUUUAAGUUCGUUUCGUUUUGUUUGUAUAUUAAAAAAAAAAAAAAAAACAGUUUGUGCCAAAUAUUUUAUUACGACACCUCUUGCAGUGCUUUGGCCCUGAACAAUUCUGUGAGACAGCAAAGCCAAAAUAGCUGUCUGGUAAAGGGUUAAAAACAGAAUAAUUAAAUUAGCUGCUUCUCCUGAUUUGAGAACGAUGAAUCGCAGUGUGUGUUUGGGAGGCAGAAAGCUGCUUCGUGUGUUUUUUUUUUUUGUGUGUGCAUGGUUUGCCCCUGGGAUGUUAAACCAUGCUGCUGAACACAUUGUCAAGUUUGCCCUUUUAUAAGAGAUGAGCGGGCAUUACAUUGUUACUGAUGUGAAGAUAGGACAAUAAUACAAGUGGAUAACUGUAGUACACUCAUCUUUAUACAUAAUGCUUACAUGAAGCAGCUUCUUCACUGCUCCAGGUAUGAUGCCCAUCUCAUCCCUGUGGCAUUAUUCCACCUUUCACAGGGUCAUUUUAACUGUACUACCAGGAGCUUUAGACUGUCAAUGCGGGUAUUAAAGACCACUUGAGCCAACAAUACUGUACAGUACUUCAAAUGAAAUCAAUGUGUGGUUUGUUUCAGUCUGCUUUGCUGAGCCUUUCUGAUUACACGGCUCUGGUUUGCAUUGCUGUGGAGGAGGGGUAAAAAAACUAUCCAAUAUGCAGGUAAAGACUGAAGAAAGGGAACAACAAUGUGCAGUGAAGAUUAUAAUUUAGCGUGCGGCGUCAAACCAGCCGCACUGCGUUGGAAAUCCUCAUCUUUACUUCUGGUUGGGAUAUAUAAUUUUAUUACUAUUUGUGUGCAUGACAUGCUUUAUAGAUUUCAUAUGCACAUGUUUUUUUAUUUUUUAUUUUACUUUUCAAUAAUGUACAUUGUGUUAUACUUAAUAUAAGAAAAACAAAUCUUUCCAUUGAAUUGUUUCUAUUUGCACAUCAUUUAAUGCAACUUUUUUUUCCUUUUUAAGGUUUGUAUGUUAACACCGUUUUGCAAACAUUUGCAGUGUGUAUACAAUGUAUUUUUACACUGUUGUGUUGAUUUGCAUUAUAAUCAUUUUCCAGUUUUUAUCUCUCUAUUAAAGAUACCAUUAAAAAAAAAA